AUGGACAAAUCCGAGGAAUCCGGCCGAACUCUUGACCCUGACCUCCCUCAGAACAGCCGAGGCGAAUUAAAGAUCAAGGGACAGGCAUCCGCGCGAAAUUCCAAGUGGGAUGACAAUGCCACUGACGAGGACACGGGUGGUACCGGUUUGGGCAGCCAAGAUGUUCCCAUGCAGGAUCUAGAGAAACGCGAGAAUGAGUUGAAGGAGAAGGCUCUCAGGAACAAGGUCAUUAGGACACGCAAAGGGAGCGGUGGAGCUGUCGCUGGCUCAGGUUGA